UAGCAAAAUCCAAAUACUAAUUAUUUUCUAUUGAGUUAAUUUUAACUACUGUUUACUGAGUAAUUACUGACUCAUUAGUAAUUUUUAUAUUUAAUAAUAUUUAAUUACAACCAUGAGUAAAAAGGCCAAUUAUCAUGCGUGCAUAUUUUGUUUGAAAUCGAUCAACUUAAAUCCCGGAUUAUCAUUACAUGUAUUCCCCAAAGAUCCAGUUAUAAGGUCAAAAUGGUUAAAAAUCUUUGGAUUAAAUGAAUCAGACAUUUAUCCAAAUCGAAAGGUUUGUUCAUUGCAUUUUGAAGAACACUGUUUUUCUGGGCAAUACAGAAAAUUCCUUAAAACUGGAUCUAUUCCUACACUAUAUACUAAAAAGGAGUAUUUUGUACCAGCAAAUCCUUCAACAUCUGGAAUGAGUUCAGAUUUAAUUACAAAUCUGCCAAAUACUUCAAUGGAUAUACCUGUGAUAAAUUCUGAUGAAGUAAUCCAAAGAAGUCUUAAACGUGUACAUCAUCAGACUUCCGAGUAUACAGUUAUGUCUGAGACAUCAACAUUUGCAGUUUUAAUUAAAAGUGAUGAUAUUCAAGGAGAUAUCAAAACACUAGUUCGAGCUAAUCCAAAAAAAGCUAAAAUACAGUUCAUGACAACCGAAUGCCAAAUUAUGAUCCAGAGAAGAGAAACUAUAGUUAUAAAUGAAACAGUAAGCGGUCUUCAAUAAUAAAAUUUCUUCUUUAGAUGCUCUUUUGAAACAUUUGAAAACUAAAAUUAUGAUAGUUUAAGAAGCCUAUGAUGAAAUAUUAGUAUUAUAUUUUAAGCUAUACUUUUAUAUUUGUAUAUGUAUAUAUGUUACUGUAUUGAAUCAGUUAGCUUAUGAAAUAACUAGGUAAUUUAUAAAAUAACUAAAAUGUGUAGGUAAUGUAUAUAAUUAAUUAAUUUUAAAAUUAAUUUAACUAGUUAUUUUAUUCAUUUUCUGAAAUCACUUAGUAAAUGUGUCAAAUUGAUACAUUCAUACAUGUACAAUAUCGUUAUUUUACUGUCCACCAUAGCAAUAAAUUAAGUAAAACUGAUGUUCUUAUUGUCGUUGACUGCAGUGUUCAUGUAUGUUUUGUUAGAUAAAAUUAUCGUUGUACGUGUAUUAUUAUUAUGAUUGUCAAUAAAAUAGUAAAGUUUAAAGUUUAGUAAUAGUUUUACAGUCACACACAUUCAGUGUUUGUUCGCCUGUCUAUAAUAGUUCACAUGAACAUACAAAUAAUUAAUUUAA